AUGGGAAUUCAAACUGACAAGGUGAGGUUCAAUGUUGGAGGUAAAAUCUUUGAAACAACUGCAACAACACUUGCAAACGCAGGCAGAAAUUCCAUGUUUGGAGCUAUGUUUGAUGAUCAGUGGAAACUUCGGCCAGGAGAAGUUAAUGAAGAAUACUUCAUCGAUCCAGAUCCCAAAUGUUUCUCUGUUCUUCUUAAUCUUUUAAGAACAGUUAAGCUUCAUGUUCCUCUUAACAUGCCUGAAAAAUUUGUUUACGAGGAAGCUCUCUAUUAUGGUCUUCUUGAGAACGUCAAAGCUGCAAAGUGGGGCAGAUUCGAUGGUAACAAGUUAGAAUUAAAGAGUUCCGUUAAGGGUCCUCCUCCACACGAUUGUACUGCAAUAAGGGCUAGUCCUGAUGGAGGUUGUGCUGUUGCUCAUGGUAGCAUUGUUGAUGUCUACAACUGGAUUCUCGAAGAACAACAACCAUUAAAUCUUAAUUCUGGAAAAGUCAAUGAUAUUGCGUGGGUUGAUUCAGAGAAUAUUGUGGUUACUGCGAACCAAAAAUUAGGGGACGGAUAUGGAGGAAUGGGUCUUUUCAGUUCGUCAACAGGUGAUCUAAAGCAUAGGUAUAAGGUUAAGACCAACACUGUUGGAGCUUUAUGUUUUAACUCUGGUAGUAAGAUAUUUGCAUGCUAUGGAGGAACAGGCUCGGAAGAUGGCAUUGGAGUUUGGGAUCAAGUAACUGGAAAAAAGAUUGAUUAUUUUAAUGCACGUAUUGGUUGGCCUCUUGGUAGUGCUGAUAAGAUUCAGUGGCUAAAUGGUAGUAAUUGUUUACUGGUUUCCGUUUUGUUCCAAAGGAGCGAUCAAAGGCAUAUUAGUCUUUUAGAUUUUAGAGAUGGACGUAUGGUUUGGUCUUGGUCCAGGCAAUUCAAUCGCACAGAACAAGUUAUUUAUGAUGCAAUUGCAAUGAAAGAAAAUAAUCUAUUUGCGUGGUUGAUGAAUAUGACAAUUUGGGUUUCAUGGAUUGGAGAAGUACCAGUGGUAGCAUUAGAUGGAACCUUGGAAAUAAAGAAGACCGAAACCAUGUAUGACCUUAUUAUUAUUAUUAUUAUUAUUAUACGUCUAUUAAUAAAUUCUCUUAAGUAUCCGAUUCCGAAUCAACCACCCCAUUUAUCAAAGGAUGCCAGGAUAACAGCCAACACACCUAUAGUAAAACUCUGUAAGGGUAAUCACUUUCAAUUUUCUUUAUGUCAACAGAAACUAAAAGUAUUGCUAGGAUUAGUUUGA